CUAUCUACUAUCCCCCUGGAAUCGAAGUGUUUCAUAUUAGUCUUCUGCGUUUGAUACUCAACCAUACCUAAUUUUCCAUCAACCUUAACCCACUAAUACUAUGAAAAUAGAAAUAACAGCUUAGUAUAAUUUCUACCAUUCAUUAUAGAUUUAUCAUUAUAGAUUUAGGGAACACGAAAGGAUGGCGGGUCCUGUACACGUCCUCGACGACUACUACCUCUCCAUCACGCUCCUCGUCACCGUCGCGUAUCAGCUGUUCUUCUUCGCGUUAGCAUACAGCUCCAAGUUUGAUAAACUUACAGACUUCGCCGGAGGUACCAACUUCGUGGUCCUAGCCGUGCUCACGUUAGCCCUGAGCCGCAAUCCCGAUGCACGACAGAUCGUGGCCUCGGUAUUUAUCAUGGUGUGGGGAUUGCGGCUCUCGCUCUUCUUGCUGUACCGCGUACUACGGACGGGCAAAGAUGAUCGCUUCGAUGGCACGCGCGAUCGGUUCUUUCCGUUCCUUGGCUUUUGGGUCUUCCAGAUGCUUUGGGUGUGGGCCGUCUCGCUGCCCGUCACUAUCCUAAACUCCCCCGCCGUCCGCAGCUACCAGCCGCAGGUUUCCUUCGGCACGGGUCGGGAUAUAGCAGGCACGGUUUUAUUUUGCAUCGGCUUCGCUAUGGAGAGCGUAAGCGAUGUGCAGAAGUUUGUGUUUCGGUCAAGGGAUGAUCGGGGCGCAAUUUGCGACUCGGGAUUCUUCUACUGGAGUCGUCAUCCGAAUUACUUUGGGGAAAUCAUUAUUCAGUUCUCUAUAUAUAUGAUAUGCGUCUCGCCCGCUGCCGAUGGCCCCGUCGCCGGACAAGCAUUCAAUGCGCUUUACGCCACAAUCUUGGGUCCCUUCUUCCUCACCAUCCUGCUCAUGUUCGUCUCGGGGCUGCCGCUGUCCGAGCGCCCGGCCGCUAAGAAGCGGUACGAGAAGGGUUUGAAUUGGGAAGGCUAUCGGCGGUAUUUAAACCGUACUAGCAUCCUUAUCCCGUUUCCGCCACAGAUCUAUGAACGGCUCCCUACUAUCGUAAAGAGGACGGUGUUCCUUGAGUUUCCUAUGUACGUAUUCGAUCCGGCCAAACACUCGGAGAUCACCGAAAAUAGGCAAAUCAGCGGAUGAAGAGUGGUAUGAGAACCCCCUCCUGACCUCCGCCGGAUUGAAUAGCCCUUAAAAGAUAGAACUUGAGUGAAACGAGGGUAUCUUUUACAUGGAUAACU